AUGUUAUUCCGCACUGCCACUGUCUUCGCCGCUGUCGUUGGCGCUAUCCAAUGCACAGAUGGCAAAGAGGCGCAGAAGGCCUGUUAUGAGCUCGAGGAGGCCCUCCCCGAGUUGGUCUCGCGCCGUCUGCAGCUCGGCGAUGCUGGCGAAAUCCUGGACUUCUGGUCCCUGACCGUCCAGGACCAGAAGCCUGCGUGUCUGGUCCGGCCCAAGACAACCCAGGACGUCGCCGAGACCGUCAAGAUCCUGAACAAGCAUCCCAAGGUCCAGUUUGCGGUCAAAAGCGGAGGCCAUGACCCGAACCCAGGACACGCCAACGUCAACGGGGGCGUGUUGGUCAGUCUGAACGACAUGAAGGGUGCCACUUUCAACGAGAAGAAGAAGGUGGCCUGUGUGAAGCCGGGUGGCGAGUGGAAUGAUCCUCUUGGGGACCUCGCGGAGGCCGGUGUUGCCGUUGUCGGUGGACGUCUUGGGGUUGUUGGUGUCGGUGGUCUUGUCUUGCAAGGCGGCAUCUCGUUUCUCUCGGCGCAGACAGGCUUCGCCGCCGAUACCGUUCUUGAAUGGGAAACGGUUCGAGCAGACGGCUCCAUUGUGACUAUCUCUGCCGAGUCUGACCCUGAGCUUGCAACCGCCAUGCGUGGCAGUGGCUCACAGUUCGGUAUCGUCACCCAGUUCACCAUGAAGACUGUGCCCGUCGGCCAAGAGGUCUGGGGAGGCAUGCGCAUGUAUGCUGCAGAUCAGGUCGAUGCGCUUUUCUCAGCACUGCACGACUUUAUCCCUGCCAAUAACGAGGACGUCAAGGCGGCGAUCAUUCCCACAGACCUCACAGCAGCUGGCGGCCCGCCUCUUUUCUUGGUAUUCUACUUCUAUCACGAUGCUGAGCCCCCGACGGAGGGUGCCUUAGCCAACUUUCUUGAGAUCCCCUCCACGCUCGACACAACCAAGACCCAGAGCUAUGCAGGUUUGCUACAGGCAAACGGUGCCAGUGCGGGCCUGCAGUCGGCUCGUCAAUCUUUCAGGACUUUCACCGUCCCCUACGUCGCUGACGCACCGCACAUGUACAACGAAAUCAGCCUCAAGUUCAAGUCCAUCAUCGACGAUUUCCUCAAGAGUGCUGUGCGACCCACAACGCAAUGCUCAGUUGCUUUCCAGCCCUUCCCGUCCAUCAUCGCCAAGCAUAGCCAGGAAGCCGGCGGCAAUGCGAUGGGGAUUCACCCUGACGAUGGUGACAGGCUCAUCAUUGAGACGCAAUGCUCUUGGGCUCUGCCCUCGGAUGAUGAGCUGGUUCGUGAGAUGUCCAAGGAGAUGGAGGACUGGUUGAAGACCAAGGUGCCCCAGUGGACCAAGGGACAGGUCGAUGGUCUUUAUCUGCCGUACUUUAUGAACGACGCGGCUGGCGACCAGAAUGUGACGGGUACAUACAGAGACUAUGCUGCGCUGAAGGCUCUGCAGAAGCGAAAUGACCCUGAGGGUUUUUGGAGCGCGCGUGCUGGUGGCCAUAAGUAUUAG